AUAUUUUCAAUUUUAGUUAAAUGUUAUAUCCUCAAACAGUUCGCUCGCGAUAGAGCUACCUGACAGGCUUCUCCCGGGACAGCAAGCCACAAAAGCUAAGACUUCCUUCAUUGAAGUCCGCGGGCUAAUUUCAAAGCAUAAACACCGCCAUUGUUUUUGCUAAGGCUAACUUUAGCUUCCAUGAAAGUUCAACCAGCGUUUUGCACAAAUGUAUGUUUAUUACUAACGUAAGUUUUUUGUUUUUACAAACACAAUUUGUCUCUGAAAACGGAAUGGUAGCUAACUCGCAGUUAGCUUGUCUCGCGGUGUCGGAAACAGUGGCUUUACGUUGCCGUUAAAAAGAGGCAGCUGGUAAGAAAAAACAAUGGAGACGAAAAACGUUAUAUUGAAGAGACCAAGGAGGAAGCUCUGGUACACCAUAAAUAAAGAAAGUCGGCCUAAACCAUGGGCAGAUGUAAUGACAUUGGGAGAUGUUGAUAGGAUGUUUGAUGACAUGGAUUCAUCCUCACACUGUGACAGCCAGGUUUCCUCAUCUCCUCAGCAAAAGAGUUCUGACACUGAUACACAACACAGUGGUGGAGAGGCUUCCCUGUCUCCACGGGACUUUGUAAAAUCUGCACAAUGUCAAAAGGGACCUGAAGGAAAUGUCCUGCUUCCUGCAAAAAGGUUAAUCAGUCCGAAACUAGGCACUGAUUUUCAAAUGCCUGGGCCAGUAAAGACAUCCAGCCCUAUUGAAAAUAUGGUUGCGGAACAUGUGGAAGAGGAAAUCAUUGGAAGAACACUUGCAUCCCCAAUACUCUUCGACUGUGAAGAUGAAGGAAAGAAAGAGGCAACAACAGAGUCAUUGACUGCCCAGAAAUACCCAUUGAGUGGUGACUCUGUGCUGAACUCUCCGCCAUGCAAGUUUUCUCUAAGAAAACCCACAGUAUCCUGUCACAAAAACAAGGUGGAUGGGCCACUCACAGAAAAAACGCAGGAGAAACCUCAAACCUCAAAGGGCAAAGGAAAAACAUCAAUGCAAGAAAACCGUAGCAAACCCAUUCCAGCAGUGAGAAAGGAGUCUGAACAUGUUUCUCUGGACAAACCGUCAACAGGUCUCUGUGGCCAGUUGCAGGUAGACGCGUCCACCGGGGCAGGAAAAGACAUACCUGCUUUCCUACAGAAACUUAGAGAUGCUGGACAGCCCAGACCUGCAAGGAAACUGCCAACGCCAGUAAAAACCCCUCCCCUUCCUGCUGAACCAGAGGAUAACUUUCUGAUUUUGGAGGAUGAUGUUCCUCUUUUGUUUACCAUCCCAAAAAAAAACACCAGUAGGAGACAGAAGCAUGGCAGCAGUUCCAGCACAGAUAAAGACGUUUCAACAGAAAUGGGGACAAAUAACAGCCCACGAAAGAGUGUACAUAAAGAGGAGGGGCCUGUUAUACAGAAAACAAAGAGCAAGAAAGAAAGAACUAAGAAGAAUGAAGGGACUGGGCCUGGAAAUGAAAAGGAUGAGUUCACCAGUCCUGAAUAUGUACCUGCAGGCGACUUGAUUGAACAAGAACAAGAGAAACCAAACAAAAAGAAAAAACUCAAGAAGAUUCCAUCGAAAGAGAGUGACAAGGCAGAGGAGGAAGCUACAGACACAGCCCGACAAGAAACCGCUGACGAAAACCCAGAGCAAAGAGCGGAAAAGAAAGUUCAGAAGACAUCUGAGCCAAAGAGAUUAAAGUCUUCUAAAGAAAAUGCCAAGACAAGCAGGUCUGAGUCAUUAAAGGGGUCCAGGAAAGUGAAGCAGGGAUCUGGAGGCAUAAAGGAGUUAGAAAAUGAUGAGGUUGUGAAGGAACCAAGCCAGACUCGGCACAAUCCAAAACAUGCAGAUGUUGACUUGGAUUCUCUUGCAGACGAUCACAUCAUAAGUACAGAUACAGAGGCAAAGGAUUCAGCAGGAGGAAAGGUCAAACAGAAAAAACAGCAGAUCAUGUCUGAAGGCAGUUUCUCUGAAGAAGGUCAGAUUCUCUGCAAACGGAAAAGAAAACCAGUUGGACAGUGGUGGUUGAGCUGUCCUCAAAGCACAGAGGAAACGGAGGUUAAGGACGACCAACCUACACUGAAGAAGUCCAAACAGCACAACAAAGAGCCCAGUUCACCAGGACCUUCACCCGCAAAGGCGAAGAAGGACAAUACAAAAAAAAGAACACUGAAACAGCCUACACUGUCAUCCAGUCAAGAGACAAUUAAAGCAAAACAAAAAAGCCCCAAAAAGAUCAAAAACAGACCUGUAAGAGAAGGCACACAAAAUGAGAAAACAUCAACCGAUGAAGUAUUAAACACAAGUGAGGCAGAGCAGACUGAAGAGCAGCAGCAGGUCCUCGAUAAGGACCCGGAUCUUGUGCAGUCGAGUCCUUCGGUGUUUAAAAAGACAGACUCAGGGUAUCAAGGCCAACCUUUCUCUCCCGAGACUCGGUCCCACAGACUGGCCCCUGUCACUCCCAGAGCCAGUGCAGCAGGUUCAGAGAAGCGGAGGAGAAAAUCUCCUGGUAACUGGUGGAUGGUUAAUGGUUCGUUUGAGGACGUGGAGAGUACAUCCUCACAACCUCAGCAGCUUCAGAACAAGAAGAAGCCCAAAUCUCAUAAGGAAAGAAAAAAACAGGCUAAACCAAGCAGGUCCCCAGGACUUGGAAUUCCCCAAAAUGGCAACAUGGCAGUCCUGUCAAAACCAACGGACAGAUCUCACGUGUCUCCACUGAAACCGAAGUCAUUGUCUGCUCCAAAGACCGUCAAGCGUUCUCUGGCCAUGUUUAAAGACAUUUUCACAUCCAGGUCAGACACCCCAGCUGUGGGCGCGGGUGGUAGUGUCACUGCCGGUCCUGCCACUGAAGCCCCAGUAACUCACAAUGGGACUUUCACUCACACCGAUAAAGAUUUAGUCAGCAUGGAUGAUGGUGAUAUCAGGAGCAUGCAGCACAACCCCAACAGCCAUGAUGCCCCACAGAGCAGCGGGCUACAGCCAGAGAACACGUUAAGAGACCUCAGGAGUGGACCGUCCUCCAUGGUCAUGUUGGAGCAGAGUGACGACACAUUUGCGCUGCCUCCCAGUGUCCCUCCUGAGCUCCGACUCUCGGAUCUAUGCGCUCCUCCUCUCAAACCGCUCAUCUUACAGCCGAUGGAUAAGACCAACCUGACAGAGUGGUUUAAAAGCCUCUGGUCUUCCUCUGUCGACAAUGGCGAUAUCACUGCAGACCACUUUGACUGGUACUUCUAUCAAGGCAGAGCAAUGGGUAUCCUGGCAGACCUGAACUGUGACUCCAUCUGUAACGGAAAGAUCUUGCUGGGCUCUCACAUGAAGAAGCCUCUCUGGGUGGAUCACAGUGCCACAACAGUCUUCAACUUAUUAACGAGCUCUGUGAGCGUAAUCGUUGAUGGCAGAAAGUCCGCCGUCAACGCGGGAGACUCCUUCAUGGUGCAGUGUGGACAGGCCUACAGCCUCCAGAACACCAGUGCUCAACCUGCUGUUCUCUACUUCACCAGGAUAUUAGCAGAAAGUUCAGACUGAUGUUAUUGGUUAGAUUUUCAGCCACAUGAGUUUUUCUUAUAUAAGUCAACUCAUUCUUAAAUUAGGUGUAAAUAGAAAAAAAUGACUGUACAUAAUAAAAAAAAUCAAAAAAUCUUAUUUUGUAGUAAGCUCUGUUUCGUGUGAUUGUUAAUAAAAUAUUCCGAAUUUGUGUUA